AUGGACGGCCAUUCGAGAGGAAUCGAGAAGCGGAACCGACCACCGGUAUCUUGUGAACCGUGUCGGACACGAAAGCUUAAAUGCAAUCGCGGCUUGCCCUGUGAUACUUGUAGCAAGCGGGACAAGGCCUCGCUUUGCACUUAUGCGGCGAAUGCAGCGCGGAGCAAGCCUUCGGCGCCCAGGUCUCGCGAUCUAAAAGAUCGGCUCAAGACGCUGGAGAACCUAGUGUCGUCUUUCGUCACGGGAGACACGGUGAUUCAGUCGAGAUUGCUGAAUGAGAUCGGAGUGACGGGAGGCGGCAUUUCAGCUUCGCAGUCGGAGCGGACCCGGGGCGACAUCGCGAUAGAGCAUGGGGCGGUUGGGCAUGGUCCUAGCACGGCCAUCUCCCCGCUCGACCCAGAAACGCCACACCUUCAAAAGACCGACGAUGGUCAGGUCAACUAUAUCGACCGUAGCCACUGGUUGUCCAUCCUAGACGACAUCAAAGAAGUGCGCGAGCACUUAUCCUUAUCGAGGAACUCUAGCCCUCAAAUAGCUCCCAUUCUUGAAGUUCGGAAUGGAGGCACAGAUGCAAGUCUUUUGCUGGUGCCUGACCUUGCGCUCGACGAAAUAUUAGAGUCAUUGCCGCCUCAACCAAUAUGUGACAUGUUGGUGUCCUGGUAUUUCAACACGCGUUUCAUGGUGCUUGGGCUUAUACAUCCGGCCAAAUUUCAACUAGAAUACGAAGACUUUUGGGCCUCCCCUUCCACGACAUCUCCUCUAUGGGUGGGUCUCCUCUUCGCAGUCCUCAGCAUAACCAUGGUCAUCCGCCGGCUGUCGAACCUGCCGGACCCGGACAGCUGUAUUCCGCCCAUCAGCGUCUUGCAGAAGAGAUGCGUGCAGUGCCUUACCCUCGGUAGAUAUGCCACGGCGAACUCGUAUGCGAUGGAGGCGUUUAUACUGCAUAUCCAAAGCAGCUUUCUUGGUCGUAGCGGGUAUUCCGUAGACCCGUGGUUCGAGGUCGGCACCGUGAUUCGGCUAGCCUUUCGAAUGGGAUACAAUCGCGAUCCGAGCAAUCUGACCGGUAUUACUCCGUUUGACGGCGAGAUGCGACGUCGCGUAUGGCUCAACGUUGUUCAAAUAGAUGCUUUGAUAUCCUACCAGGUGGGGUUCCCCAGCAUGAUCCCGGCGGACUUUUGCGACACGCAGGUCCCACGGAACCUGGACUAUUCCGACAUGUACCUCGACAUGGCCGAGCUGCCGCCUUCGCGACCCCUUUCCGAAGAUACGACCAUCUGCUACGUCAUCGUGAAGGCGAGUGUGAUGGCAGUGUUCAAGAAGAUUGUGGCCCACACACAAUCCCUCGUGCCGCAAGCCUACGAGAAGACCCUUGCUCUAGACGCCGAGAUGAAUCGCGCAUACGACGGUAUACCCGAGAUGCUCAAGCGGCGGGACGUCAACCGCGCGUUUCUCGACAACUCGUGCCGCAUAUGGCAGCGUUCAUCGAUAGAAAUGCUUUGUUUCAAAGGGCUCGUCAUCCUCCAUCGACGGUACCUCAAUCACGAGGUGCAAAACCCGGCAUUUGAGCCCUCACGUCGCGCGUGCAUCGAGGCCGCCCUCGUGAUCCUCCAUCGCCAGGCUGAUUUGUAUAGCGCAUGCGAACCCGGUGGCCGGUUGUACGAGGACCGCUGGAUGUUUUACUCGCUCCAGGUUCACGAUUUCCUGCUCGCAGCUAUGGCGGUAUGUCUGGACCUAUCGGUACAGGUGCGCCAGCGGAAGGGCGCGGUAUCCGCGUUCCACGGCGACUGGGAUGAGGGCAAGCAGAAGCUCGCGAUGAAGGAGUACCAAGCCCUUCAGGUGUCCCAGAAGAUCUGGGAGCUGAAUCAGUGCCGAGCGUCCAACAAAGACGCGCAGACGGCGGCGUUGGCACUGGGGCUGAUGCUCCGCAAGGUGAGCGAGAAUGACAUGGGGCUGCCCAUUGCCAACGAGCAUGGCUUUGGUGUGGCGGAGGGAGGAUUAGAGAUGCAGUUUCCGCACGCGGGUAUCAUGUCGCAGAUGCUUGACGGAUCGGAGAAUAUCGACUGGGCACUGCUUGAUCAAUAUCUCUUGAACUUUGAAGACCCGGCUUCCGAAGCCUCUGCACGACCCGAGAACUAG